AUGGCAAACAAACCUCGAUCAAAGCGUGCGGCUAUUAUGUCCGCGGCCGAGCCCCAGGAGCAAGAAAUUUUGGAGGAUCCCGUUAAUUUUGAAGCCCUGCCGCUCGCUUCGCUGCGAAAGUACCGGAGAAGAUACAACCUGCCCGAGCCUUGCCCCAUGACUUGUGAGGGAUUCAUGCUUGGCGGCUCGGUUGGCAAGCGUACGUGGAGCAGUAAGCACUCGCACAGAGGCACUCGCAAUGAAUUAACAAAAGCAAUAAAGGAUCACUUUGCGGCCGAGCCCAUCAAGGAAACUGACACAAUCGUCAAUUUUGUGUACGCGGUAAAGCACAAGGAUGACGUCUUCAAGCUCAAUUUUUAA